ACUAUUCUUUGAAUGGUUAAAUUUUGCAGAUCUAUUUAAUCUGGAGAAUGACGGAUUUAAUUCAACGGGAAAUAAUUUCGCUCGAAGACAGUGACGUUCUGUUGAUUUGCGAAACAGUUCCCAUAGAUGGUGACGACAGUAACAUGGAUAUAGUUUCGUUUUCUUCGGUAUCUGAUCAUAACAUUCAAGAUAUACCCUUGAUUAACAUAGAAAUACCGAAAAAUCAUACGGAGAACGAACUGAUAUGUGAUUGGAAUGUGGACGAAUAUCGAAACGCCUUUGAGCCGGAUGUACACUGGGAAAUGCGUCGCAGCUUCAUGGUGCAAUAUAAAAACAAAAUACCGGAGUCGGAACUCGUUGCGUUAGCACAAGCCUUUGUUAAUACCGAAGUUUUUGGAGCAGUCUACUGCGAAGAAGUAACUGCCAAGCUUGAAUUGCUUGGAGAAUCAAUUGCAAAGCAGUAUCGUAUGUUCAAAAGCAAAACACCCAAAAGGAUCACGGCCCGCGCAACGGAAGCUGUUCAUGAUUGGAUGAAGCACCGUUCUGAAAGUCUCAAAGCAGCCGAGCGAAAGGAUCAAGCAAUUCAGUUGCUAGGUCCUGUGUUUACAGUUACUACGGUUGAGGAUAUAUUUCGAAACUACGUUCUCUUGGAUGAUAACUUAGAGGAAAGUGGAAGAGAAUUUGAGAAAUUGGGAUGCGGAUGGUUCGUACAUGAUGUGUGGCGAAAUGAUCAGAAGCUUUGGGAAGCAACGUGCACUGUAGCUGGAUUUCUACUGUCCAAAGCUGUUGGACCACUCAAAAAAUCAAGACAAAAAUGUACCGAAGAACUACUGAAAUUGUUUAGGAAGAAAUGUUACAAAAUUAGGGUAAAUCACAACCGUUGCUGGGAUGGUUAUAACGUUGAACGAUUGGAAGUAAGUGAAGAUCUGGAUAUGCGAGGGAAUCCGUUUGAUUGUCGAUUGCGGCUGCCUUUGGCCGCUAAAGAUCAACUCAAGGAAGAUAAUGUCGGUUAUCGUCUGCUAAGAAAACUUGGUUGGGGUGGUGGGCCGCUUGGUAAACAUCAGGUCGGCAUUGUGGAUCCAAUAGAAGUACAAGCCAAGCGAGGGAGGCGAGGUCUAGGAUUACCACAGUUAUCGUUAAGGUCAGAUGGCAGUGGACUACAAACACCAUCGAACAACGCGUCAUAUCUAGACCAACUAGAUCUAUCGAAGACGUCAUUUCGUAUUGAUGUUGGUUUCUACAGAGAUUUGAUGAGAAAUUUUAAAGCGAAACGGCUAGGGUAUGAUUUGAUAUUUUCGUCUGAAUUUACCGAAACGGAGAGAGCUUUGCUUACCAAAAUAGCAACCGAUCUAGAUCUACAGUGCACUACGAUUACCUACGACUACGAACACUACCAGUUCGUUCUGAUGAAACAUCGUGUAUCGCCCCAUGAUCUUUUGAUAAAAAUUAUUGUGGAAAACCAUCCAAUUUACAGCACGCUGUAUACGGUGGAACCGCCGGAGGACGAUUUAGAAAGACACAAUAAAAUAUUGGAGCUGUGCUCUAAAUGA